GGAGCACGGUUGCUCAUUGAGUCGGCGGCACUCGGCGACGUGGCCUCGGUGUCGCAGUCCCUAGCCAAGGGCGUUGAUCCAAACGUUGGAGACUACGACGGGAGGACGGCGCUGCACGUUGCCACCACCCUCGGCCAGAUGCGCGUGGUGGAGGCGCUGCUGCGAUCGCCCACCGCACUCGUCGAUGUCUUUGACCGGUGGGGCAAGACACCGCUGCAGGACGCGUCGGAGAAUGGACACGAGGCUGUGGCGACGUUCCUCCGGGCGCACGGCGCCACCGUCAAGAGCGCAAAGGCGGCGAAGUUUCUCUGCACGGCGGCAGCUGCGGGCAACAUCGACCGCCUGGUGCGGCUCCUGGCCGAGGGGAGCGAUAUCAACGUGUCGGACUACGACGGGCGGACCGCACUCCAUCUCGCCGCCUCGGAAGGGCACGCCCCGGCUGUUCGCUGGCUACUGUUGCACGGCGCCAACGCCAAAGCCCUCGAUCGGUUCGGCGGCUCGCCUCUGGACGACUCAUAUCGCGAGGACCGGCACGAGGUGCGCCAAAUCCUCCAACAAAGCUCGGCG